AUGGAGCUUAUAGAAGAGACGGAUGAGCAGGGAAAUUGGUACACGUACAAGAAAUACCACGACAGACCGUACCUCCUACCUGUUAAAGGAAAUGUAGAGGAUCAACUACAGAUGCUGGAGCGCUUUCAAUUCAGAGACGAUGAUGUUUUUCUCCUGCCUAUUCCCCAAAUCAGGUACUUCAUAGAAGCAUUAAAGCAGCACAUCUAUGACGGGGAUAUGAACGGUUUCCUGAAAUUCUUCCUUUCAGAUGAAUAUGGCGGAGGUGUUGGCGGUUCCUGGUUCACUCACACAAAGGAAUGGCAUGACGGGAAAAUAUCCAACACUGCUCUUAAGGACACAUAUGGAGAAAUUGAGAAGCUUGCUCGUUUUCUGGAGAUAGAUUACGACGAAAGGUUCUUACUCAACAUCGUGAACCACGUAUCGUUUGAUAGAAUGAAGACAGAACACAGCACAGAGGCUGGGGUCACGCAGGAAUGGGCGCACUUAUGCGAAGACAGUCGACUUCCGGUUUAUCGCAAAGGAAUGAUCGGAGACUGGAAGAAUCAUUUGACCGUUUCACAAAGUGAAUUGUUUGAUGCGGUGAUAGAAGAGAAGUUGUCAGGAUGUAACAUUGAACUAAUCUGCCAAUAA